AUGGAACAUUUAGUCCUCAGAAUAACGUGCGUCCUGGUGGUUAUCUGUCUCUUGGAUAAAAGGGUAGACUCCAAUGAGAUCUUGGGCUUGAAGCUUCCCAACAUCGACCCCAUCCUGAACGCCAACACAGUGUGUCUCACUCUGCCCGGGUUGACGCGGCGCCAGCUGGAGGUGUGCAUGCGUAACCCGGACGUGACGGCGUCAGCAAUCCAGGGAAUCCAGAUCGCCAUCCACGAGUGCCAGCAUCAGUUCAGAGGGCAUCGCUGGAACUGCUCCAGCCUGGAGACCAGGAACAAAAUACCCUACGACAGCAUAGUCUUCAAAAGAGGUUUCAGAGAAAGCGCCUUCGCUUAUGCCAUCGCAGCAGCUGGCGUGGUGCAUGCAGUCGCCAACGCCUGCUCCAUGGGCAAACUCAAAGCGUGCAGCUGUGAUGAGAAGCGGCGCGGGGACGAGGAGGCCUUUCGUAUCAAACUUCACCGUUUGCAACUAGAGGCCAUCCACAGGGGGAAGGGGAUGGUACACGGUGUCAUGGAGCACUUCCCCGCUGACCUGCCAGGACCCCAGGACUCCUGGGAGUGGGGUGGCUGCAGCCCUGAUGUGGAAUUCGGUGAGAAGUUCUCCAGGGACUUCUUGGAUGCCCGUGAAACCUACAAGGAUAUCCACGCUCGUAUGAGGCUGCAUAAUAACAGAGUUGGGAGACAGGUGGUACUCGACCACAUGAGAAGGAAAUGCAAGUGCCACGGGACGUCCGGGAGCUGCCAGCUGAAGACCUGCUGGCAGGUCACCCCAGAGUUCCGGGUGGUGGGCUCAAUCCUCAAAGAGCGCUUCCAAAUCGCCACGCUUAUCAAGGCUCACAACCGAAACACCGGACAGCUUGACCACUCCCACCACAACAACAAUCACCACAACCAUCACAACCACCACAACCACCAUCACCACCAUCACCAUCAUCAAAACAACCACCACAGUCAUCAUCAUCAUCCACACCGGCGGCGGCCAGGCAUCAAUGAAUUGGUCUAUUUCGAAAAGUCCCCGGAUUUCUGCGAGAGGGACCCUGGGUCGGACUCAGCGGGCACGCAGGGCCGGAUCUGCAACAAGACCAGCCCUGGCAUGGACAACUGUGAGAGCCUGUGCUGCGGGAGAGGCCACAAUAUCCUCCAGCAGACAAGGAGUGAACGCUGCAACUGCAAGUUUCACUGGUGCUGCUACGUGGUGUGCGAAGAGUGCAGGAUAACAGAGUGGGUCAGUGUCUGUAAAUGA